CCUGCUGUAGAGUACCUAGAGGUAUGGCCUGCGGAAUACCUACCUGGGCACAAAAUAGUGACAGUAUAUAGUGCCCUUAGUGGUCUGAAGUGGGGCUGCGGGACAAAGAAGCAGUACUAUCAUCUAUACAGCCCACUCCAAGUUCCGACCACGAUGCAUAUACAUCCGGGCAUGGAUGGAUAAGUAUUGACCUAAGAUACCCGGUAGAAACAACCAUCUCACUGAGAACGUGAGCGAUACGCAAGGCGCUGUCUCAGCCACCGCUCCCUUCUCACUUUGCGAUAUCUGCUUUGUGCGGCUUCUUAUGUCUUUCGUCUGCCCGUCUUUGCUGUUGCUGCUGCUAUGGUCGUCCGCCUGAUCAUAGUAUGGAUAACUGCUCAGCCGCUGCUGUCAUGGUUGUCGCCUCGCUCGCUGCUAUUCUCUCCUCCGUAAUCUAGUUGUAUGCCGGUACCAUGUCGGAAGUCUCGUCCUGGGUGUCCAAUAGCGAAUCCAAAGAUGAAGAGCGCUUGGCUUCGUGUUUCAACUGCAAAAAGUCAAAGGUGAAGUGUGUGCGCCCCGAAGGCUCGACAAUCUGCUCGCGCUGUACCCAGCGCAAGCUCGAGUGCAGUGCGCCCCUGUUCCACGUCGGCCGCCAUAAGGGCGUGAAAAACAAACACUCGGGGCUGGAAAAGGCGGUUUUCCAGAUCGAACAGGCCUUGAAGAGGACCCAUCCCGGCUCUGAUCAGAUCCAGAAUUCUGAACAGUCGGCCGAACUGAGAUACUUACUCGAGAGGAGCCGGGACCUCCUCAGUGCGGAGAGAAGCCAGAAACAUUCGGCUUCUGGUACGAACGGGCGCCGCCAUGAUGGAUCCAUUCCAUCCCCUCAGCAAUCGUCAGCCUCCCAUGGAACGCCACCAUCACAAGCUGAGUCGCGUGACGCUGCGACCGUGUCGCAAACCGUGGAUGACGACCGCCAGUUGAACUUGGACGAUGCUGAGAACCCCCUGCAACUGCUCGCGAGGACAUCUGAGCUGUUGUCUUCCAUCGGCGUCGCUGGUAUCGGAUCCGCUACGGGCCAUCUGCCGUCCAAAUCUCUCCCGAGCCGUGAACGGGCCCUCGGAGCCGACUACGAAGGCACUUUGCCUGCAUUCUUUGGCCGGUUCCGACCACGUCUCGAUAUCGGCCCUGAUCUAGACCCUGUCGAGCUUGGGCUCCUCACCCUUGCCGAGGCCGAGCAUCUAUUUGCAUACUUUUAUGAAAACCUGGCGCAUACGAGAUGGGGGAUCGACCCCGUCCUACAUACUGUUGAUUUCGUGCAGAGGCGCUCGGCUUUCCUCUUCACGUCAAUAGUCGCGGCUUCGGCACUCUUUUCGCCAUCCCUGGAAGCCCUUUAUAAGCGGCUUUCAAGACAUCGCCAGAAGCUCGCAGACCUAGUCAUCUCGAAACGAUACAAGUCUGUCGAGAUCGUCUUGGCCUUUAUGGUCAAUAUUCCCUGGAUUUCGGCUGGCGAACAUUGGGCCGACGACGACACCUCGACAUACAUGUCCAUGGCUUCGAGUAUCGCGUUAGAUUUGUACCUGAACAAGAUCAUACUACCCUCAUCGCCGGAAGCGCCUUUCUCAAAAGAUAACGUUCCCUUGUCUGACCAGAUCUCCACUAGGAAGGCUCUGAAUGUUGAUGGGUUCACUGAAAUCGACCCAGAGUCGGAGACGGGCAGGCGCCUCAUAAGGAGAAGGGAACGAACGUGGCUAUCUCUGUUUGUUCUUGAGAGAGGCGUAUGUCUAGCUAGAGGGAGGAGCUACAUGUUACCCAUGUCACAACUGAUUGAGAAUUGCGACCAGUGGCAUCUUUGCGAGCUUGCAGAUCGCUGGGACGGGUCAAUAGUAUCUGUGGCUGUUCUCCGUAGGGACCUGGCGAAGUUGAUCACAACCUUGCGAGGAAUUUGUGACAGCUACGUAAAGGGAGUCAGUGAGACGACUGUCAUCGACAACUUAAAGAAUGAAAUUACUAUAUUCUUUGAUAGGUGGUAUCACACUUGGCCCCUACAGCUCGGAGAGCGAGAGCAGUUUGCGCUCCCUCCAUAUGUGGAAAUACUCGCUUCUCACACCCGCUUAUCCAUGUACUCUAGCAUCAUUAACCACAGCACUGCGCCAGUCGGAGCGAGACACUUUUUUCGAGCUGCCGGCCUGUCUUCUGCUCUCAACGUAUUACGGGUUGCUGUUCAAGGAGAAGGGCAACUCCGAUCUAUGCCCAACAACACGGCCAUUAUGAUCUCUUUCGCGGCAUGUUUUGCGCUGCGAGUCAGCACGGUCGCGGAUGAUAGAGGAUCCAGCUUGGCACCUAGUAUUCGAGCGCUGAUCGCAGAGACCAUCGAUGUCUUGGACAGAAUAGGGUCCACGCCUGUACAGAGGAGGGGACUCUCUUGUCUUUUCGCCGGACAGCUCAGGCAGAUCCUGAAACUUGCCUUGCGAUCUGCUGAGACCACAAGAGUGCCGUUGGCAGAGAGCAACGGAGUCAUGGAUACUGGGCCUGUCUACCCCAGUAACCCUAGUGCCAAUGCAACAGCGCACCUGACGACGAGCCAAGUCUCGGCGCAGCUGCAGAUGCCUACAGGCGGUGACAUGCCAUCCGAUUACCUGCUGUUUUCUACCAUGUCCAACGACCAACUGAAUGAGGCCAUCAACAACACCGAUGUGGGACUCGAUGCCCUGUGGGAAGACUUCCAAUUUCAACAACCGUCGGAAUUGGACUGGAUGGACUGGAGUACGUUUACAUGAUGGAGUACUUGUAUGACUAUCAAGUGUCCUUGUGCAAAAUGGACAUUCCCUGUGUUUAUAUGUAAUUCAUGGCGAUGAGAAAUGGGUAGGUAAGAGGGGCGAGCGGCGCUGUAGAUAUUGAAAGGCCUAUUCAUGAACUCAUACUCAAUACCGUAAGCAGAAGAAUCAACGGCAGUUUUUGUUCUCCCGAAUCUAGACUCUUUCUGCGCCCCUAAAUAAAAAGACCAGGAUAGCGGCGCCACGAAUUGCUUCAUUGGAUGGCCACAAC